AUGGACCAGUAUUGCAUCAUGCCAAGAACCAGUCAAGAACUCCAACAUCAAGCGCAAGCCUAUGGUGUCGUCUCUUCUAGGAGAAUAUCCCUGCCCGACAAGUGCUCCUCUGCUCAAUACCGUACCGAAAGCCUUCAAUCCGUCGGUGAACCACUUUCCAACGUUUCUGUAUUUCGAACAUCAGCAAUAGCCACAGCAUUAGCAAGUGAGCUGGAAAGUUCACACAGAGAUAAUAAAUGGGCAUCAUCUUUACCGUGUGAUACAACAGCGAAAUAUUCAAGCCUCACAUCCAGGUCACGCACAGAACAUCGCAAGAAAGCCAGUGACUGGACUCGAGGUGACAAAAUUUCACAUGCCAACAGGCGAAAACAACAGGUUAGACUGCCUGGCUUCCACCUCAAGGUUCCAUUUCUAACAGCAAUAGCAAUUGACUUCCGGGCGCAAUGGUCCAACUUCAUGCACAUCUUGCCAUGUAACAGAGACACCCAAAUGGCGCAAGGGUCCCCUUGGACCCAGCACACUCUGUAA